AGUGAGGCGUUAAAGAUACUCAUCAGAACCAGCCUGGAAAAUACACGAAACCACAGGACCAAAUACAGAUAAGCCUUAUCAAAUACUGCCUCAAUACAUUUUUAUGACUGAUUUCCUCAGAGAGAUGUUUUUCAUUUGUCCAGAAAGGUUGCUGCUGCUCACUCUGAUGUUUGGAUGUUGUUGUCUGGGAACAACUUUGAACGAAAGUGCCGUGGAAGUGGGCUUUGACGAUGAUUACACACCAUCCUAUGAUCAGGAAGACUCAACCUCCACUGAUGAAUCUGGAUAUCAAGAAGUUUUCGUGGGAGCAGGCUUUCGUCCACUUCUUACCUCUGACAUACAUGUCGUUGGGAAUGGAGCAGGCUUUCUUCCACCUCGUACCAUUGAUGCUUUUGAGACUGCAGGCUUUCUUCCACCCCAGACCAAAUCUAAAAUCACCAAAAACAACAUUAGAAAAAGCCACAGUGCUGACCAACAUGACACAUCAUCUGACCUCCAGGAAGAACAUUCUUCUAUUGAAUCCUCUACAUAUAUUGUCACUCAAAAUGGAAAUGGUUCCAUCAAUGGUUCUGGGAGAAAAAUAGUCAUAGAACGAUACUACUAUAUUAAUAUUACCAAAUAUGUUCCCAUUUCCCCGGAAUCAAAUAAACGUCACCUCAUCAUGAUUAUUUCCCAGGAGGCACGGCGGUUUCUAACAGGAUCAUUAUCCACCAUCAUCAUCCCAUCCUUCUACACACUGGUCUGCCUCCUCAGUGUGCCCAUCAACAUCUGGGCACUGCUGAUAUUCAUCAGGAGGAUCAAGCCUAAAACCCUGGCAGUGAUCUAUAUGAUGAACCUGGCCUGUGCUGACCUUCUCUUCUCCAUGGUGCUGCCCUUCAAGAUCUCCUACCAUUUCACAGGAAAUGACUGGAUAUUCGGUCCUGCCAUGUGCCGUAUAGUCACCGCAGCCUUUUACUGGAACAUGUACUGCUCCGUUCUGCUCAUCUCCCUCAUCAGCGUGGACCGGCUCCUCGCUGUGGUCUAUCCUAUCCAGUCUUUGUCAUGGAGAAGUCCUGCAAAGGCAGUCAUUAGCUGUGCAGCCAUGUGGAUCCUCUCCUUUCUCGGCUCAAUGCACCUCCUCUUCACUGAACAGACUUUCAACCUCACAGAGUUGAACAUCACCACCUGCCAUGACAUCCAACCCUCACAGCCUUUCUUGUGUUACAAGAUGUACUACAUCAUCCUCUGCUUCCUCCUCUUCUUCCUGCCUCUCAUCAUCACUUUGGUGUCCUACACUCAGGUGAUUUUCAGCCUGAUUAAAGUCCAACCAGGGGUUCCAGACCACUCACAGAAAAAAAGAAGAGCAAUGUUCUUGACUGCAACAGUACUGGUGAUGUUUGUGCUGUGUUUCUUACCUACCAACAUUGUCUUCUUAGUGCAUCAGCUGAUGUAUUCUGAAGAAAUACAAGACCCAGAGAAUGAGGGGAAUCCUGACAGGCUCUAUAUAAUCUAUUCUGUCUGUCUGUCAUUGGGAAGUCUCAACUGCAUCCUUGAUCCUCUGGUCUACUACUUUGGAUCGUCCUGUUUCCAAAAGGAGGUAUCCAGUAUGCUGAAGUGUCAGAAGACCAAACAGAGCACUAGUGGUGGUCAGUCUUCACCCGGGCAGAGCAAUCCAAGCGUUCUCACCACCCAAACAGACACCAAAUCCAACCAUAAAGAAAACUAGCAGUGACUCUUCUCAGGCGAACCUUUGCAGUCAACACAAGAAACAGCUGGUCUGACAGGCACGCUGAGCAUGUAUCAAAGGGACCUUUUUUUUAUUUUUUUCCACCUGGGUUCUUUUUUAAUGACACUAAAGCUCAAAAAGUUUUGUAUUACUGCAAUAAAUUGUUUCAGUCUGUAUAGAACAGACAGGCUUUAAUGCAUGAUUAAAGGGCAAAUCUGACUGCUGAGACUGACAGUCCUUAGCUUUUAUGUUUAAAAUCUUUAUUUUUCAUAACAAGAUAAGGUUUUUCUACAUGUCUGGCUGUGUAUUAAGUAUACUUGAAACCAUAGUUGAAGUUACAGUGUCUACUGUAAGCAGAAAGUGUCCCCGGUAAUUCCUUUUUGUUUGUAGAAUGGACAGGAGGUAGCAUGUGUGAUUCUCUCUAGGUCAGUGAUACUCAACACGCGGCUCUUGAGCCACAUGUGGCUCUGUAAUGUACUAAUGUAAAAUAUCAGUCCCCCCCGAAAACCUUUCAAAAGGGAAACUUUGACCUCAGAAAUUAAUACACACUCACAUUAAUCAGUUCGUUUCACACACAUACAGUUGGCUUUCAUUGUAAAACUUUAUUUUUUGUCUGUACAUUUCCAUUGCCCUGACUUGCAAUUUUUUUGCCCUUUUUUCCAUUUUUUGCCACUUUUCAACCAUUUAAGCUGCCUUGUGCCAUUAAAUGCCACUUCACCCCACCAUUUAGUCAGUUUUCACUCAAUAUUUGACAUUUUUACCACCUGUUACCCAUUAUUUGUCACCUCUCACCCAUUUCUGCCACCUUUCCUCCCCAUUUUUGUCACUUUUCACCAAAUUUUUGUCAUUUUUUUGCCUAUUUAGCCCCCUUCCCCCCACUUUUGUUCCCCUUUUGCCCCUUUUUUUCCCAUUUUUUCCACUUUUAAUCCAUUUUACAGUUUUAAGGCCACUCUUGCUACUUCUCUUGAUACUUUUUGUCCAUUUUUGCCCCUUUUCACCAGUUUUGGCCUCUUAUCCUGCUUUUUGCUAUUUAAAAAGUUUUUUCUCUUUUUGCCACUUUUUUCCUAUUGUUGCCCCUCUUUGCUGCUUUUUUGCCCAUUUUUUCCACCCACUGCUGCUUUUUGCCUAUUCUAAUCAAUUUUCACUCAUGUAACUCUUUUUAAUGUCAUGUCUCACCCAGUUUUUUGCACUUUGAGCCCAUUUUUGUCACUUUUAACCCAGUUAUUUGCUAUUUAAUGGCUACUUUGCUCCCAAUCAUCCAUUUUUGCCACCUUUAACUAAUUUUCAUUGACAAUUUUACCCAUUUUUGCCACUUUCUGUUAUUGUUUGCCACUUUUCUUUCCAUUUUUUGUCACUUUUCACCCAGUU